AGCAGCAGGAGCAAAGAGAGACGUAGUCAGGGAGAGAAGGAGGAAGAGAACCACAAGUAAGGAAGAGGAGAGGCUGAGCGGCGGUCUGCAUCGGCAGCAUUGGGGGAAAAAAAUGGAGCUUUGAAUUCGCCUUUGCCCUCAUCCAUCUCUGCCUUUCUUUUUUUUUUUUUUUUUUUUUCCCCCCCUCUCCUCUUAUUCUGACUCAGCCUCGGUUUCUCUCUCUGCCUGCCUUCGAUUGUUCUGUGAGAUUCUGACAAUGCCUGAUCUCAUCUGAUGCCAAGGCUGAAGGAGUCUCGCUCCCAUGAGUCACUGCUCAGCCCCAGUAGCGCUGUGGAAGCCCUGGACCUAAGUAUGGAGGACGAGGUUAUAAUCAAGCCUGUUCACAGCAGCAUCCUCGGGCAGGACUUCUGCUUCGAGGUCACUACCUCCACGGGAAGCAAAUGCUUUUCCUGCCGUUCAUCAGCCGAAAGAGACAAAUGGAUGGAGAAUCUGAGGAGAGCAGUACAACCAAACAAGGACAACAGUCGCCGGGUGGAGAACAUGCUGCGGCUGUGGAUCAUCGAAGCCAAGGACCUGCCGGCCAAAAAGAAAUACUUCUGUGAGCUUUGUCUUGAUGACUCACUCUAUGCCCGCACCACCUGUAAGCUCAAGACUGACAAUGUCUUUUGGGGAGAGCAUUUUGAGUUCAGCAACCUGCCCGCUGUCAAGAGCAUCACAGCGCACCUCUACAAAGACACAGACAAGAAGAAGAAGAAAGAUAAAAACAAUUACAUCGGACUUGUCAAUAUCCCCGUCGCAGCCGUCACCGGACGACAGUUUGUGGAGAAGUGGUAUCCAGUGAGCACUCCCAAUCCCCCUAAGGGCAAGACAUCUGGGCCCAUGAUUAGGAUCAAGGCGCGCUAUCAGAGUAUGAACAUUCUUCCCAUGGAGAUGUACAAGGAGUUUGCAGAGUACACCACCAAUAACUACAUGCUGCUGUGCUCGGUGCUGGAGCCCGGGAUUAGCGUCAAGAACAAGGAGGAGAUGGCGUGCGCUCUGGUCCACAUUCUACAGAGCACCGGCAAGGCCAAGGAUUUCCUCACAGAUUUGAUGAUGUCAGAGGUGGAUCGCUGUGGGGAGAACGAGCAGCUCAUCUUCAGAGAAAACACUCUGGCCACAAAGGCCAUAGAGGAAUACCUCAAACUGGUGGGACAGAAGUACCUGCAGGACGCUCUCGGCGAGUUCAUCAAGGCUCUGUAUGAGUCAGACGAGAACUGUGAGGUCGAUCCGUCCAAAUGUUCAUCGGGUGACCUGCCAGAGCACCAGAGUAACCUGAAAAUGUGCUGUGAGCUGGCGUUCUGCAAAAUCAUCAACUCAUACUGUGUUUUUCCACGAGAACUGAAAGAGGUUUUUGCAUCGUGGCGGCAGGAAUGCAGCAACCGGGGUCGACCGGACAUCAGCGAGCGUUUGAUCAGCGCUUCUUUGUUCCUGCGGUUUCUGUGUCCAGCCAUCAUGUCCCCCUCGCUGUUCAAUCUGAUGCAGGAGUAUCCUGAUGACCGCACGGCACGCACGCUCACGCUCAUCGCUAAAGUCACCCAAAAUCUGGCCAAUUUCACCAAAUUCGGUAACAAGGAAGAGUACAUGUCCUUCAUGAACCUGUUCCUGGAGCACGAGUGGACAAAUAUGCAGCGCUUCCUGCUUGAAAUCUCAAACCCAGAGACAAUCUCGAACACAGCAGGCUUUGAGGGCUACAUCGACCUCGGCAGGGAGCUCUCUACUCUGCACUCUCUUCUUUCUGAGGUGGUCUCACAGAUGGACCAGAGUGCAGCCUCUAAGCUGGGUCCUCUGCCCAGGAUCCUGCGGGAGGUGAACACUGCCCUGUCCAACCCGUCCUGCGUCCAGAUGACACCCGGACAGUCCUCGGAGCAUAUGGGCUCGCCUCCUGCUGAGGCCAGCUGCAGCAUUUCCACGGGUCUGCAGAAGAUGGUCAUAGACAAUGACCUUUCAGGAUUGGUUGACUUCACCAGGUUACCCUCACCCACCCCAGAAAACAAGGACCUAUUCUUUGUGACAAGGAGCUCAGGGAUCCAGCCUUCUCCUGCACGCAGUUCGAGCUACUCUGAGACAAACGAGCCUGACCUGGGCAUGGCCAAUGGCAGCAAGAGUCUGUCCAUGGUGGACCUCCAGGACCCCCGCAGUCUGGAUGGUGGCUCAGGCCCCGGCUCCUCGGACGCCCUGGGUGAAGGCCCAGCUUCGGGAGGAGGCUGGUCAGCGAGAGUCCCACAAGGCAACAUCCCUGGUGGUCCUACCUUGAGGAGGCCAGGCCAGACACCCACCACCCCAGGCACAGAAAGCACUCCGGGCCGACCCGCCCAGCUGCUAGCCCCGCUGUCCUUCCAGAACCCAGUCUACCAGAUGGCGGCCUGCUUGCCCGUGUCCCCUCGCGGAAUGACCGACUCCGGCUCCGAGUGCCACAGUUCUGUUAGUUCCCAUAGCAACAACGAGGACGGGCCGCCGGGAGGGAAGCACGCCUUCUUGAACCACGGCGGAGGAGGCGGGAGCAGCGGGGACGAGUACACCAGGCGUUCAGGGGAGUUCAACCGCCGACAGCUAUCCCUCACCGAAACGCAGCACCAGCCCACCGUCCCCAGACAGAACAGCGCCGGCCCACAGCGGAGGAUAGACCAGCCUCCGCCUCAGAACAUUAAUCGAGGCCGCACACCCCCAAAUCUGCUCAACAGCGGACCCUACCCCCGGCCCUCCUCUGGCAGCAUGAUGACAUCCUCACCCGACUGGCCCGGCAGCGGGGCUCGGUUACGGCAGCAGUCGUCGUCCUCCAAAGGCGACAGUCCUGAGACCAAGCAGAGAGCUCAGCACAAACAGGCCCCUUCCCCAGUGAACCCAAGUGCGCUGGACCGCACAGCAGCCUGGCUAUUGAAUAUGAAUGUGCAGUAUUUAGACCAUGAGGGGAUGGAGCCCGAGUCACUGAGAAACAGAGAGGAUCUAACUCAGGUGGAGAAGUACCAGCAGGAGAUCGCCGUGCUGCAGGAGAAGCUGCGGGCGUCGGUGCAGAAGCUGGAGGAGUACGAGGCCCGUCUCAAGGGUCAGGACGAACAGGCCCAGAAGGUGCUGAUGGAGUACCAGGCCCGGCUGGAGGAGUCGGAGGAGCGUCUGCGCAGACAGCAGGACGACAAAGACCUCCAGAUGAAGGGCAUCAUCAGCAGGUUAAUGUCAGUGGAAGAGGAGCUCAAGAAGGAUCAUUCUGACAUGCAGGCAGUGGUGGACUCCAAACAGAAGAUCAUCGACGCACAGGAGAAGCGCAUAGCAUCGCUGGACGCCGCCAACGCCCGUCUGAUGAGCGCUCUUACCCAGCUGAAGGAGCGCUACAGCAUGCAGACCCGCAACGGCAUCUCCCCCACCAAUCCCACCAAACUGCAGAUCACUGAGAACGGAGAAUUUAGGAACAGCAGCAACUGCUAGACAGACUGGCAUCUGCCCCGAGUGAGUGUCGAGUGCCUGAGCGUGUACAGUUAUUCAGCGAGAGGAUGUCUACGUGCAUGCACGGAUGCAUGCCUGCUUGAAAGACUGCAAGACUGUGUGUGUGUGUGAGAGAGAGAUUUCAAAGCAGACAGUACUUUUGGAAGUCAUUUCCACUUUCUUGGAGACGGUGUGGGAGUGAGGGCAUCGCUCUGAAAGGGCCGGCCAGAAGAGGUGGAACUUCAACGUGAUGGACAGAUCGACAAGAGAACAAGAUCACCAGACGGCCUUCGUUACCAGGGUGACGGCCAGAGGAGGCGGGGCAGAGCUUGUACAUAGAAAACUCAAAGCUGUCCAUCAGUCACACACCUGUCCGGUGUCAGCAGUCGCUGGGACAAUUCAAGCCCCUGCCUAUGCUUGGGAUGAACCACUAUAUAACCACACACAGUGACGACCGCCACACACGGUCGCCCCUAGCAACCCUCCUCUCCUCCUCCUCCUCCCUCUCUUUAUUCUGCUCCCUCUCGACGACCAAGUGGACCCACUUCAACCCAACAACACGCAUCAAGGAUUAUCGCUUUAGUUGUCUUGAGAGGAUUACUUUCCAGUGCUUUAUUCUGAAGUCAUUGUUUUUAAAGAACCAAAUAGGAGCUAUAAAAAAAAAAGUGAUAUUUUUAGUCCAAAACAAUCUUCUUUAUUUCCCUUUCCAAUCCUGGGUGUGUUCCUGAGCGUCCCGCUGACCCCGCUUCCCUCCUCUCCAUCCCUAUGUAGUGCACUUUGUGAAAAGCUAUUGGUACAUGAAACGCCUUAAGUAAGGAACACACCUCGACUUUAUCCCGCAGCUCCCCUAUUUCUGCAAAAAAAAAAAAAAAAAAAAGAAAGGCACAACUUAUACUGUGGAUUUGUAAAGAAUACAAAAAUAAAUUGUACACACGUAAAUGUAUUAUAAACACUAAAGUAAAUGAAUUCUAUGUGAUACUAUAUUAAUGAAAUUUAAUAUAGAUGUAUGCAGUUUUCUUUUUCUUCUAUAGAGUAUACACACAUAUACCUAUAUUUGAUAAUCUCAAAUAUAAAAGCAGCCCUUUAUUUAGGAGUGAGAUCUAGUUUUAUUUUUCUUCUCUUACGAUGAAAGACUGUAGUGUGUAGCUUGCUUUGGAGCCCUGGAGAGGGAGACCCCGCCGAGCAGUGAUCAGCACCUCAGUCAUCUUUUAAUCCAUCAAUGCUUUAACCCUUUACAUACAGUAUGCACUACAUUUGAGAGAAAUGUCUGCACAGUAGUUUGCACAGUCGAAUGUAAUCGGUUCUUCUUCUUCUUCCGGUGCUCAUCACUGCUCUCAAAGACGCAGAUCACUCAAACCCCAGAUUUGGAUUUUGCUUGGAUCAUACGUGAGGUCUUUUUUUAUUUCUCUGGUUGCACAAAAGCUAUUGAGAGACGUGUUUAGAGGCACUCACUCAUACUAUACACUGGACCGGUGGGCUGUUGUUAUAAUGGCCUCCUUAGUUACAACAUUUUCUCUCUAACUGCUUUAUUUGUUCGUGGUAAUGAAGUAUGCUGCAUCCAAACUGUGACUCUAUUGAUCCUAGUGGCAUCAUCAUCUCUCGCUCUCUCUCUCUCUCUCUCUCUUCUCCUGUCUCUUUUUCUUACUCGCCCCUUCCCUCCUCCAUCCCUCGUUCUUCUGAAUGUGAAGAUGCUAACUCACAGUUGGUCUUAACACGGGGUUCGCUCCUUCCAAUCCCCCCCCUGUCGUCGCUCCAUGCCAUCUUAGCAUCUGUAUUUUGUAUAUUUUUGUAUUCAUUUUUCUUACCUAUAACAAACUAUAUACAUCAAGUGUGAGGCUCUGCAUGCUUCAUCCUUGCUCUAGAGCCAAUGGUAGCGUCAGUAUCACCGUUUGUUUUCUUUGUUUGCCAGUUGGACAGUGAUGAUGAUGACGACGACGAAUAGCUUGCUGCAGACAUGACAUGAAUAUAUGCUGAGUGUAUCAAGAGGCUGGACAGCCUGGGAAAGUGUAAAUAAAAUGCUCACACUAUUUUUACCUAAUGUUAUCAGAGCUUUUUGUAAAUGUAUCUUGUGCUCAAACUCUGCUGUAUCAUUAUGGAUAUUGUAAAUACAAAAUAGCUCAGUCAGUCAUCUGUCCUCAUUGGUUAGAACUAUACAAUUAAAUUAACCUUUCAGUGUUCUCUCUGUUAAAGCUAUUGUUUUGUAUUUAGAGUGUAAUAUCACUAGCCAAAAAAACUGACUAAGUAGGAGUUUGACUCUUGGGAUGUAUGCCUCCUUGUUUUCAGGCCAAGCGGAGUCCAGUUUCGAUGAGAUUCACAAGCACAAUCCUGUAUUUCUCAUCAGUCUAGCUCUAUGCACUUUUACGUUCAGUGGUUGGUGUUUAUAACUAGCGUUUUGUUUUGGUUUUUUUCCUUUCUUUCCUUAUUUUUUUUAACAAAGCACCUGUUUCAGGUGUUUGAAACCGUGGCAAAACCGAAGAACGGCAUUUUUUGUAAUAGCUCUAUCUCAAACCUUUAUAUCAAAUUAUGAGAACAAUUCAGCGUUGUUCCUGUUUGUCGCAUCAGACUGAGGAACCCUGUGGUUGCAAAACAAAAUACAGGACUUGUCAUAUCUUGCCGGGCAUUCAGCCAUGAAACCGUAGUGUGCAACUGUACAGACAAAAGCAAGACUAUGUCACUUUUGACUGAAUAAACUACACAUUUCCCGUCUUACAUUAAUUAGCAAUAAAGUUUAACACUUAGCUUAACACACUCAAAGGUUUUUCUGCUAAUGCGCAGCCUUAAUUUACUUCUUCUGUUUUGACCAGUAGCUUGUAGUGGUUAAUAUUACCCAGUGGUUGCAAAGUUUAGGUAAAUUUGCAUUUUUUUUGUUGCACAUGAGCUACUGUUGUAAUAGCUUAGCAUUUCAGCUAAAUGCUUAACUAUUUUCUUUGCUAAACGGCAACUUUAGCUGUUUUAAUCAGUGCCACUGUGUGCUCUUCGUGUAUUUGCAUACAUUUCAGUUACAGAGAAAACCAAAGUUUUCUUUAAAAGAUGAGUUGUUGCCAAACAGUCUUCUGUUUAGCAUGUGGCUAAACAUUUUUCUGUGUAGCAUUUAGCUAGACUGUUAAGCUUACCGUUAGCAAACGUUAGCAAAAAAAUGUGGUCAGUUUUGUCGUAAGUCCCAAUACUGAUUGAGUUUACUGACCUAAUGACUUGUUUCAAAUAGCAUUUUAGCGAUAUGCUAAUUACUAGUUUAGCAUUUAUGCUUGUUAAACAGUAUGAAAUCUUGACGCUAACUUAGACCUAUUAUUAUUAACAUGAUAAGCAAUAAACCUCUAACACAUUUAGUAUAUUUAAAGUACACUAAUUCAGUUAAUUGACUUUAUGGCUCUUAAAUACUUAACAAAAUGUUUAUUUACUGUCUAGCUAAGUCAGUGCUAAGCAACAGCAAUGUUAUGUAGCUAAACUGUUGCUAACAUUACAGCCUUGCAAAAACUCAUAUGUUUCUUGGUUGCAUUUAGCUAAACAGUAAACUGUUUAGCAUGUAGCUAAACUGGAUUUUGCUGUGAGGGUUACUGCUUAUGUUAGCAAAUUUGGAGUAAAUUUUGGCAAUUUGAAGUGCAUUGAUUCAGUUUACAACAACUCUUGUAGCCUAUCCUGGUUACAUUUAGCUAAACAGUAUGAAAUACGAGCUAAUACUACAGCCUUACAAAAACCCAUACGUUUAUUGUUUAGCAUAUAGCUAACUGGUAUUGGCUGCUGGGGUAGUAGUAGUAGUAGUUUAGCAUCUAGCUGUGGUUGCUACACAGCAAAAGUCACAUAGUCUUGCUUUCAACUUGACAAAAACAAGUUUGUUUUUUAACAGAUACAAGGCUCUCAUUUCCCAUCUCUACAUUGAAGCAGAAAAGGUACUUCAACGUUUAGUAUCUAAUUUGGCUUCUCAGCUAUCAGUUCAUUUAUCCCACCCAUGCUCCCACUUCAGCUCUUCAACUUUACGAAUCAGAAAACCCUGAGCUCACUCUUGACACAGUUCAGCCACUCCGAGAAAAGAUUAAUCAGAAAAUAUAAAGCUAUAAAUAAAGCAAAAGAUGUUGUAUGUUUUCUAUUAUCUUGUAGAAAAUACUUUUGUAAGUAUGUUGAAAGUAUAAAGUAUUUGCUGGAUUCUGCUUCCUUUGACGACAGUGACAAAACAAUAAUGUACAGAGGAACUUGUGUUGACAAAAUGUGGCUGUGCAAUUUAUGUACAUUUGCAACUAGACCUAUUAAAGUUUUAUUUAGCUAUUUUAAAAAAAAAAAA